AUGGAUUCAACAUGCAUCGACACUUCACUCAAUCUUAACAGCAUCAAUCUUCCUUCCACAUACAAGAACGAAGUUUUGGUUGAAGAGUUACAUCGGUUGAGCUGCGAGAACAAAAGACUAACCGAAACAUUAACAAACAUGUGUGAGAGUUACGAAGCUAUGCAAAAGCAAUUGAGUCAAUUGAUGAUGAAUCAGAAUUUUGAAAACCAAACACAAGAAUCAAGGAAGAGAAAAUUUGAGAGUGAAAGUUGCAUGAACAUGUAUGGUUGCGUUAGAGAGUGCAGCAAUGUUAGUGAUGAAGAAUCAUUGAUGAAAAGACCUUGUAAAGAUAUUUCAUCGCCUAAGGCUUAUAAGGUUCUUGUGAAGACAGAAGCAUCUAGUAAUAGCUUGUAUGUGAUGGAUGGAUAUCAAUGGAGGAAAUAUGGUCAGAAGGUUACUAGAGAUAAUCCUUCUCCUAGAGCUUACUUUAGGUGCUCCAAAGCUCCAAAUUGCCCAGUUAAAAAGAAGGUGCAAAAAAGUUUAGAAGACCCUACUAUACUAGUUGCAACAUAUGAAGGAGAGCACAAUCAUGGUCAUGAAAAAGCUGAAAUGUCGAUGAUAUCAAACCAAUGUGAAGAAGCCCGUUUAGGUUCAGUUCAUGUUUCUUCACCUAAACAAAUUAUGGAAAGGACUUCUCCAACCAUGAAGCUUAACUUGGCUGACAAUGUUCAAAAAUCAUCUAUCCAACAAUUUUUGGUUCAACAAAUGGCUACUUCUUUGACAAAUGACCCCAAUUUCACUAUAGCACUUGCUAAUGCUAUUUCAGGAAGAAUUCUGGACAAUGCUUCUAAUAAAGCUAAAAUUUGA